UAUCCAGUACUGCAAAUUCAAAAGGCAAAAGCUAUUUUGUAUGUGGAGAGCUUUGCAAGAGGAGCUACCACCUACGUCUGUCCAUUAGCUUAUAAGUCGACAACCGAGACCCGGCUAUAAAACUGGAUCCAGUGCACCUUAUCUACGAUCGACAUGUCGUUGCUGAGGAUCUAGCUAGCUCCAAUUGAGACCGAUAUUAGUUGGACGAUGAAGCAGACUAGUAAGCAGCAGCUGGGGAAGACGAAGAAGAUGGCGAUUGAGGCAGGGAAGAAGAAGAAGGAAGAGUGCUUAUCGGCAGCAGCUGGGGUUGUCCGUAAGGGCCCGUGGACGGAGCAGGAGGACAUGAAGCUGGUAUGGUUCGUGCGGCUCUUCGGAGAGCGCCGCUGGGAUUUCUUAGCUAAGGUCUCAGGUUUGCAAGGUGGAGGGUGAAAGGUUUCUCCCCAUCCAUGCAUAUAUCUCGAGCUCGAUCGAUCGAGCCAUGCGUGCAUGGAUGGGGGAAACCAUGAAUGAAGCUAGCUAGCCAUGAUCUGUCCAAACUAACACUCUUAUUGCUCUCUCCGCCGGCAUGCACCUUUGUUGUGCUGCUGUCUUGUAUUUUGCUACAUCUGAAUAUGCAGGGCUGAACCGGAGUGGGAAGAGCUGCCGUCUCCGGUGGGUGAACUACCUGCACCCGGACCUGAAGCGGGGGCGGAUGAGCCCCGACGAGGAGCGGCUCGUCGUCGAGCUCCAUGCCAAGUGGGGCAACCGCUGGUCCCGCAUCGCCAGGAGCAUGCCCGGCCGCACCGACAACGAGAUCAAGAACUACUGGCGCACCCACACCCGCAAGCUCAAGCACAAGCACCGGCACCACCAGGAGGAAGAAGAGAGCACCAAGGUCGCCACGUCAGCAUCAGCUUCCACGUCCACGUCAGCAGCCACGACGUCGCCGUCCUCCACGUCAUCGAGCUCCGACGUUGAGGUCGUCCAGGAGGCGGCGAGCAAGGAAGAUGAGCAGCAGCAGCUGCUGUGCGCCGGCACCAUGGACGACGGCCAGCUGCUCUGGAACGACGACGGCAUCGACGCGUAUGCCAGCUGGAGCGGUGCCACGUCAUCGAUGAUGAUGGUGCCUUCUUCGCCGGUGUGGCCGUGGGACGAUCACUACUGCUGCCCCACGGAUUCUCUCUGGGGCCAUGAUGAGGUCUUUGAGUACAAGAAGAUGCUCCACUCCUGAUCCUCACCAUCCGCCUUUCUUGUAUUAUUACAUCAUUUCUCGUUAAUUCAUCUUUAAUUAGUUAACUGCAUAUGCAUGCUAGCCAGUCCAAGAUAUUGCAUGCAUGCAUGUGCCUUUGCAUGCCUUUUGUUUACAUGUAAGAUAUAGAGUGAUAUACUAAUAACUGCAUGUAUCAUAUAUAUGUACGUGAUAGAGCAAUUAAUAAUAACUACAUGUAUAUGCAUAUAUGCAUAUAUGUAUUUGUCUUAGUUAAUUGCUAGCUAGCUCCCUGAUGUACAUGUAACUGAGUAUAAAUAUCCAGUGUGUACUAUGAGUUUCGAGAGUGGCAUGAGAAUAUUAUGACAGACUUGUAUAUGUACAACGA